CAGCAACAGAACCUUCAGCACAGCUGCGGGGCGGCCCUCGUGGCCGGGAUGCCACUGUGUGCCUUGCCAGUCCACAGUGGACGGUGAGGGGCAGGAGGAGGGGACCGAGUGCAGGAGACUGAGAGGAGGCGGCCCGCACCAAACAGGAGAAAUGAACCUGUGCUGGAACGAGAUCAAACGCAAGUCCCACAACAUCCGGGUGCGGCUAGAGGCCUUCUCCGACAACAGCGGGAAGCUGCAGCUCUCUUUGCAGGAGAUCAUAGAAUGGCUGACAGCCAAGGACGAGGAGCUGUCGGAGCAGCUGCCCAUAGGAGGCGACGUGGGGGCCGUCCAGCACCAGAGGGAGUUCCACCAGGCGUUCAUGGAGGAUGUCAAGUCUCGCGGGCCGUUCAUCUACUCAGUCUUGGAGUCUGCCCAGGCCUUUCUGGCUCAGCAUCCCUUCCAGGAGCCAGAGGAGACCCUGACCGAUGGAAAAGAGGUGUCUCCACGCCGGCGAAUCUUAAAUGUGAGCCGCUCAGUGUGGAAGCAGGCGAACGUGGCCAGUGACCUGUGGGAGAAGCUGACGGCACGCUGUGUGGACCGCCAUAGACACAUGGAGAGGACAUUAGAGCGCCUACUCCAGAUCCAGGCAGCGAUGGAGGAGCUGGCAGUGGCCCUGGAGCAGGCGGAGGGGGUGAGAGACGCUUGGGAGCCUGUUGGAGACCUCUUCAUCGACUCGCUUCAGGACCACAUAGAUGCCACCAAGUUAUUUAAGGAGGAGCUGACCCAAGUGAAGGAGGGCAUGAAGCACAUCAAUGAUCUGGCCCACCAGCUGGCUAUCUCCGAUGUCCAUUUGUCGAUGGAGAACGCCCGCGCCCUGGAGCAUCUCAACAGCAGAUGGAAAGUGCUUCAGGCUUCCAUAGAUGAGCGGCUGAAGCAGCUCCAGGAUGCUCACAGAGACUUUGGCCCUGGAUCGCAGCAUUUCCUUUCCAGUUCAGUGCAGAUACCGUGGGAGCGUGCCAUCUCCCCGAACAAAGUGCCCUACUACAUCAACCAUCAGGCCCAGACAACGUGCUGGGACCAUCCAAAGAUGACAGAACUGUACCAAGCACUGGCGGAUCUGAACAACAUCAAGUUCUCAGCAUACAGAACGGCCAUGAAGCUACGGCGAGUUCAGAAGGCUCUGAGAUUGGAUUUAGUGGCCCUGAGUAGCCUCGUGGAGGUGUUUCGGGAGCAGGAGCUGCAGCAGGGGGAGCAUGUGAUGGACGUGGUGGAGAUGAUCCACGGCCUGACGGCUCUGUACGAGCGGCUGGAGGAGGAGAGGUCCGUCCUGGUCAACAUUCCACUUUGUGUCGACAUGUGUCUCAACUGGCUGCUCAACGUCUACGACAGUGCUCGUAAUGGCAAAAUGCGAGUUCUGAGCUUCAAGAUGGGAUUGGUGAGCUUGUGCAACGCAGACGUCCAGGAGAAGUACAAAUAUUUAUUCCGUCAGGUGUCUGGUCCUGGAGGUUUGACAGACCAGCGCCACCUCAGCCUGCUGCUUCAUGAAGCCAUCCAGAUCCCCCGCCAGCUGGGUGAAGUUGCUGCUUUCGGGGGCAGCAACGUGGAGCCCAGCGUCCGCAGCUGCUUCCGCGUGGCCCCAGGGAAACCUGCCAUUGAGGUGUCUCACUUCCUGGAGUGGAUGAGCCUGGAGCCCCAGUCGAUGGUUUGGCUGCCGGUGCUGCACCGCGUUGCUGCUGCAGAGUCGACUAAGCAUCAGGCCAAAUGCUAUGUCUGCAAACAGUGUCCCAUCAAGGGCUUCAGGUAUCGCAGUCUGAAGCAGUUCAAUGUGGACAUCUGCCAGACGUGUUUUCUAACUGGCCGCACUACCAAGGGAAAGAAGCUGCACUACCCCAUCAUGGAGUACUACACACCAACAACCUCGGGGGAGAAGAUGAGGGACUUUGCCAAGACUCUGAAGAAUAAGUUCAGGUCGAAGCAGUACUUCACCAAGCACCCGCAGCGAGGUUACCUGCCGGUGCAAUCUGUGCUGGAAGCAGAGAGAUCGGAGACGCCGUGCUCAUCUCCCAAGCUUCCCCAUGCAGACACACACAGCAGGAUUGAACAUUAUGCCAGCAGAUUGGCGGAGAUGGAGAGCCAAAAUUGUUCCUUCUUCACGGACAGUCUGUCUCCUGAUGAAAGUCUGGAUGAAGAUCAGUACCUCCUGCGUCACUCCAGCCCAGCCCUGGACCAUGAUUCGCCCUGCGGACAGCACAUGCUGCUUGCCCACCUGGAGCACCAGGACAAGGAGCAGCUCCAAUGCACCCUGGCCCGCCUGGAGAAUGAAAACAGGGUGCUGCAGAGCGAGUACAGGAGGCUCAAGUGGAAGCACGAGGAGGCGGCGUCAGUCCCCAUGCUGACUGAGGCCGGAGAGGGCGGUCCAGGUUCACCCACAGAGGGAGGGCAGCAGGAUGAGGAGCUCCUGGCCGAGGCACGAGUCCUUCGGCAACACAAGACGCGCCUGGAGACCCGAAUGCAGAUCUUGGAGGACCACAACAAACAGCUGGAGUCCCAGCUCCGCAGGCUCAGGGAGCUACUGCUACAGCCCAAAGAUGACUCGGAGGCCAACGGAUCAGAGCCGUCAACCCUGUCUUCUCCCGUCUCUGGAGGGGGUCACCACGGGGAGCCGGCCAGCAGAGAGACCACUGACACUGAAGCAGCAGGAGAUGAUAUGGAGCACGAGCAGGAUACAGUGCUGCAGCUCCAGGAGGUCAUCGAGCAGCUGAGAAACGUCUUCCCUUCAGAACCGGGCACCACCUCACACAUCUAACCCCACGUGGGCCUGGAGGAGCAGAGUGAGAGCCUGAGAGGACGCCUGAUGGCAGAGGGAGGAGCUCCACACGGCUGAGGUCAGGCCACAGUACACCAGGCCCCUGUGACCACUGCAGCGGCUAUGAUACCCAGAGCUAACCCUCCACUGGAAUCUGUGCACUAAAAGCCUUUUUCAUGCAAACCACUAAAGGCUCACACUGAUGUCCGUUUGGCCGGGCUGCGCAGCUUAACUUCAGAGGCGCAGCCUGACACCGUGUUAACGAGCCAAAGGAAACUAACGUUAGCAGCAGGUCAGGGAGAGACUAAAAGUAAAAGGAACGUGCUCAGCCAAGACACUGUGCUCACCAGUAUUCGUGUAGUCGUUCAGAGGAGUGAAGCUUUAUAUGUCCACAGCACAAAUUGGACCUUCGAUGAGGAGAACUUUUAAAAAAAAUGCAAAAAGGAAUAUGAAGAAAAUCCCUUUGUUUUGUCAGAAAGCCUGUAACGCCUGUGUUUCUUUUUUUUCCGUCCUUGAAUGUGUUAUCAUGGUUGUUAUUUUUGUUUUUUGAAGGGAGGUGGUGUGCUAAAGCUUGCGAGUAGAGUAAACUAGAUCAGGGCUGGGCUGACUGCAUUUCAUGUGGCUGUGGUGCAGAUUGUCAGGGGGUUGACAGCACCCACAACGAGCUUAUUUACUUUGUGAGAAUGACACAUCAUCAGUUAAAUCCAUGAUUUAUUUAAGACAGCCAAAGUGCCCGCUAGCACAGCGCCUCUGUAUGCACACACUGUGUUCCUCUAAUCCUCUCAAACUGCUUGUUGCUCUCAUUGCUCGCUUCUCCUAAGCGAGCCCUUUAUGCUCAUACAGAACCACGCACACUCACCGCAUACACACACACGCACACACACACACACACACAUAUGCUGCUACAUCUACACUCCCUAUUUACAAUGCAGCCUUCCCUCAUUGUGCACAAAUGACUCCCUGCAUGAUCAAUAACAUGCCAUGCUGCAUCACUAAAAAAAACAGAUAUAAAAAAAUGGAGAUCCAUUUCAUCUCUUUGGCUUGCGGGGUUCAGACGCGCUCUCCGUUUUGAGCCAAUUUGUAUUGUAGCUGAAAUUGGGUUUUGUUGAGGAAAUGUCUGCCGAUAAAUAUCAGCAUGCAGGCGCCCGCUCUGGGAUCUUAGCGUUCUCCUGCUGUGUGCGCAGAAAGAGAAGGAAACAGCUCUGGGCGAUAGUGCUGCAAGGCUGAAGUUCUCUUUCUUUCUCUGCUCGGCCAAUCGACACUUCAGGGGGGCAACACCACCAUAUUACGCGGUCCUGCGCUGACAUCAUCCUUAAUAAUCCCUCUUCGCCAUGUAGAUGUGAAAAGAACAGCAGCUAUUGAUUCUACAUGCCUCAUUUUCCAGCACUAAUGUGUACUUAAUUGCUUUUAGAUUUACAAAGAUGAGUGGUUGAAAUGGCUUUGCCCUCAUCGUGUCAGGGUCGUAGGGAGCGUUCUGGUCUACACAUAGCACAGUCAGUGAAUGCCUUAAAACCAAACUGAAUCCAUAUAAAAUAAGAGUUGGUCUUUAUGGACUUCUUUUUUUAUAUUCAGGGAAGGAGGUUGCAUCAGGGUGUAUGUUCGUGCAUCGGUCUUUUAUGCGAUUACUGUGGGCUAACAGGAAGAAUGGAAAAGUGCGGCUCAUGGUGCAUGUACAUCCAUAUACGUUGCAACCAGUUAAAUAGGGCUUUUAUGGGUGAACCCCUGAUGCAGGGGGUGCUUGGAGCGACUACAGAUCUGACAAACAAGAGAGAAAAGGUGGAUAAAAAACCCCAAUCCAGUUAUUGCUCGAGGGCUGGUGGGAGAGAUCCACUUUGAUGUGCCUGCCACAGCGAAAUCUCCAGAAGCAGGACAAGAAGAUGCCUGAAAAAAAGUAAGCUGUGGCUCUUUGUGUUUCUCGGUAAAUUGCAGCGCCUCGUUCUCACAGAAAACGCGAAUAUACCCGGUUAGGAAUUCAUCUUGAACCUUAAAACGGCACUCUGACCUCACACGCAAGUUUGAAACCCAUGUGCUGCAUUCAUUACGGGCUCCCCCCUCCAGGCACCCAGCGCUCACAUUUUGACACCGUCCUCCUCUGCGCUCGCUGCCUGUUAGUUUUGAUACUGUUGCUAGGGAACUGUCCCCAAGGAUGCAGUUCCAAAGGUUUGCAAGUUGGAAAGGUGACGUGCCGUUCAUAAUACAAAUGCUAAUAGCCUUAAGGGAAGCAAGAGAGAGCGCCCCAUCUCAUCUCCUCCACUUUCACCUCCCCUGAAGCCUGUUGCUGUUUAGCUGCUGAAGGUAGUCAUUAUCAUCUGUUGGAUCCACACUGGCUUCACUUAAGAGUGUGUUUCUGGUGAGGCAAUCACAAGUCAGAACAAAGAGCUCGGCUCGUGAGUGAGAAAAAACAAGGAGAAGCCACAACAAGUCAUGUUUAUUCAUGGACAUUAAUUUAUUGGUGUUCACACAUCUCAUUAUGCAUUGAUGAUCACACUUUUAUCUCCAUAUACAAAAUGAUGCAACGACAGCAUGUGAAAAGAAGAA